GUUCCUCUUCCCCCUGAGCCGCUGGGAGGGGAGCGCCAGAGGCCACGGCAGGUCCUCGGAGGGUUGCCCGCGUCCAGGUUGCCUGAAUGGAGGGCGCCCUGGCGUGGGUGUUGUCGCUGCCGCCGCUGCCGCCGCUGCCGCUGCUGCUGCUGCUGCUGCAGGACCCAGGCAGCCAGGGACUUUGGUGCAAUGUUACCUCGGGGGAUGUGGACUGGACCAGGGAGUUCAAGGCCGAGUGCCUGAACUUCAGUGGCCAAGGUGUGAGCCUGCCCCGGAACCAGUCUCUGCGGGCCAGCAACCUGCUGCUCCUCGAUCUGUCUGGGAACAGCCUGGGAGAGCUGCCGCUGACCUUCUUCACCGACCUGAAGAAACUGCAGGUCCUGGACGUCACAGACAACCGGCUGGACCGCGUGGACGGGGCGCUGGCUACACUCUGUGUGGACUUGAGGGCCGACUGUAGUUGCGUCCUGGCUCCCUGGCAUGAGGUCUGGCGAGACAACUGCUCUGGCCACCUGCCCAUGCCGUGCCUGGACACAGCCACCAGUGGCUGGCACAACCUCUCCACCUUCCUGGAGGUCAGCUGUGCCCCCGGUCUGGCCCCCACAACCAUUGGGGCCAUGGUGGCCGGCGGAUGCCUGUUUCUUGGACUUGCCAUCGCGGGCGCAGUGCUAGCCUGGAGACUCUGUGGACGCAGAGCGGCCAGAAGCCAGGACUUGGGCAAAGCCUCGGUGGCUCAGGACGGUCCCAGGCCCAGCUCAGGCUUGCAGCCACGGUACAGCAAUCGGGACCGAGGCUCCAAGCCCCGAGUGGCCACCCCACGCCGCCCCUCCACACCCGACUAUGAGAACAUGUUUGUGGGUGAGAAAGCUGCCCAGCACCGGCGGGACAAUCAUGGAGCUCACCCUUCAGAGGACAAUGACCUCUACAUGAACUACAAGGGUGUCGACGUGGACUGGGCGCCUGUCUACUGCAACCUGCAGUCACUGGGCCGGGCCCCGCUGGAUGAAGAGGAGUACGUGGUUCCUGGGCGCUGAGCUUGUGAUGUCCCGAUGUCUGCUAGACCCCCUCCCAGUCCCUGCCUUGGGGCACACCAACUCUUCUCUGGCCUCAGUCUCCUUAUCUGAGGAAUGGGGACAGGAAAGGACUGUCCUUGAGGCCCCAGGAGGCUCUACAACCCCCUUCUCUGCCCCCACUCUGCUCCUCAGACCUGUCAGCUGCGAGAGGAGGAAGAGGAGAGAUCUCUGACUAGGGGACUGGAAGGUCAGUGUGUGAACUGCAUCGUCAUCUUCCUGUUGGUGUGCAGGUGGUGCUCAAUAAAUGCUUUGGGGCUGAUGAGGCUGCUGGUGCAGGCUCAGUGGGUUCCUCCUGGGCUCCCAA